AUGAAAGACAAUUCAAAGUCCAUAAAUUUUAUUAACAUUCUUGUAUUUACCAUUUUCGUUUGGAUAUGUUAUUAUAGUGAUAACACGAUUAACUGCGAUAAAUCACUAGAUGGUAUGUAUGAACUAGGUGGGAAUUUAUUUUUAAUAACUAAUCGACUACUAGUUGAGGGUUCAAUGAAUAAAAAAUCAACUAAAGAUGUAUAUGGUAAAUGGGAGAAAAAUAAAUUAUUAGGUAAAGAAAAAUAUAAAUCUAAUAAUUAUGACCAUAGAUCAAAAAGUAAAAAUUUAAAAGAAAGUUUAUUAGACACGGAGAAAGGGGCGAAAAUAGCUAAAGGAAAACAGACAUCUUUACUUAAAAGAAUAGAUAUAUAUUUUGAAAAAAAAUUAUUUAAUCUAUUAGAUUCUAUAUAUAAAAUUAAGAAUAACAAUAAAAUUAGUAAAAAUACUGCAUACAUAAAGAUAUUCCAGAAGAUAUGUCUAGCAGUUACUCCACCCUUUUUGCUUUUAUUGACAGGAUUAGUUGUAGUUUUAGUACUAUGUGUUUUAUUUGUUUGGGGUGUGUAUUUAAUGAAUAAUGGGAGCGAUAACAUGGUACUAUUUCUAUCUUUUUUUGUGGCAAUAGUAUUAUAUUCAUUAUUUUUAAUAUGUGUUACAUUCUUUAUCGUAUUUAGCAUUAUAUGUGCUUCGAAAAUAAUUCUAAGAUAUAAUAACAUGAAGAAAAAUAAUUCUAAAAUUUGUUAUAAAUAG